AUAUCUAAUACAGAGUCUUCUGAAUUCAGAAUUACUUAUGUUUAGUCUCCCUAAUUGAGAAUAACGUAUCUAUACCGAGUCUUAGGACUAAAUUAAUAUAAGAGCAAUCCAUUGUUUCUGUCUGUAAUCUUAUUUAUUAUCAGCGUGUGUUAUAGUAUUUAUACUAUAUUUUAGCUAGAAAAACUGGAAACGUAAGCUUUUACACAGAAACUUAUUAUUGUUUCGUGCACAUGAGAUUUGCCUAACUAGAUCUCUACAUUUCGUAUCCCGAUUAAAUAAAAUGAUUAAUGAAUAUUAGAAAUUCAAACUGGACAAUCUGGAUCGCAAAGGGUUCAAAAUGAAUGUCUAAAUAGCGUAUAUAAGAAAUACAUAAAGUUAAUCUACUAUGUGCAUGUGCAGGUUGUUAUGGAGCUACUCAAAAGGAGGUUGCAACUGCAUUUAGUGUACAUCAAUUGGCUUUGCAGCGUACAUCAUCACCAGCUAAGAACACGAAUGACAGACGAAGAACUGACCGUCAACGGGUUACCACACACAGACAGGAUCGUCAGACCCUCAGUCUCCCUUCAGCAAUCGAUUGAGAACUGCCGCACAAACUGCUGCUACAAAUGCUUGUUGCUGGUUGAAGAAAUCAGCAUAAAAGUGCACAAAUUGUUUGCAAGAGACUGAGAGGAGUUGGCGUUAGUCCUCGACGUUUGUACAUUGGAAAUCCACUAGAUCUGAGACGUCGCAAAGUACAUAUCGUUAUGCCCCUAGAAGUAAGGGGGCGAUGACAAUGACAUCAACUUAACUUUUAAAUUAGCAACAAAGGACAUGUUAGAUUUUUAUCACAACACAACACACGCUGAAAUUACUUUAAGAAAUAAAGUUUAAACUGAAAACUUAGAUUUUAUGUUUAAUCUGAAUUUACAUGUAUGAGUUUUUUUCUUGAGUAAAUAUAAAUUAUUAACGUAUUAUGAUAAAUUAUGAAUCUUUUUCUUCAAAAAACUAUCUUAAUAAGAGUUUUUCCUUUUAAAAAAACUCUUGAAACUGUUUAUUGUCAAAACAAGAACAAAAGGCAUUACAAAUUCACUGUGUAUUGAUCAUGUGUGUAUAUGUUUCACUGUGUGAACCUGUGAAUGCUUGUAAUUUUUAGGAAAAAACAUACCUAGAAUUAGUGGAGGGAUAGGAUCGCCCCUUACCUGAUAUUAUAUGCCUAUUCCAUGCAUAAUAAACUUGAAGUCACCAUUAUGUCAUAUUUGUAGAAUUUCCUGCAUAUUUAAGUCAUUUUAAGGGGGAACCGUAUUGAAUUAUUUCAUUGGAUGAAUUUUAAACUUCCCUGGUAAGGGAUCUAUAAAGCUGUGGGUAUAUUCCAGAAACGCUCUAUCCCAGAAACGCUUUACUAAGACAGCCUAAGAAAGCAAAUCAUGGUGCCCAAUGGUGUGGGUUGCGCUCUUUGUGUCCAGCUUCCUGUGUAUAAGUUCCCAGUACAUUUAUGUGAAUGAAAAAGACGACUGUGCCAGUAAUAGAGAGACAAUGGAAGAAAUUCGAGGACUUCUGAUCCAACAGGGGAGGAUCCAAGAAUCUGUUGAUUCCCUCAGGCAGAGGAUGACGAGACUCGAUGAAGAUGUUCACAUCAUCAAGAAAGGCAAAUCUCCCUUAUUCUUCCACACUCUUAUCUCUCUCUCUCAAAUUUAGCUCGUGUAUUCAUUGAUAUGAUUUUUACAAUAUUAUAAAUGUAUCAUUUUUUAAAUUCAGAUUUCAAGCGAAAUUUGGAUUGCCAAGAGCUCUAUAUUAACGGAGAGAUACAGUCCGGGGUAUAUACUAUAUAUCCCUUUGGAACCAAGAGACUUGUCAACGUUUUCUGUAAUAUGGAGUCACAGGGCGGAGGGUGGACAGCAAUUCAGAGACGAUUGAGCGGAUCAGUGGCUUUCAGCAGGACCUGGGCGGAAUACAAACAAAGUUUUGGGAACCCAGCUGGCUCUUAUUGGAUAGGAGACCGUAUGCUAGACACAGGAGAAUCUACCACCAAUCUGUCUGGGAUGAACUUUUCAACCCCAGACAGAGAUAACGACAAAGCAAGUAUAGGGGGCUGUGCGGUUUAUGCCGGAGGGGGAGGAGGCUGGUGGUAUAACGUGUGACACUCCGCCAACCUUAACGGUCCCUGGUCCCCGGAACACUGGGGCAAUCCGUGGUAUCCGCCACUUAGGUCUGGUAGUGAUAUAACGGAGACUAUCAUGAUAAUAAAACUUCACUGACUGUGUUAUAUUAUACAAUAAAAUAUACUUUUCGAGGUCAACUUAGUGAAGUAAGGAUCCGAGGUGACCUGACCUGACCGAGGCCCUGAUGAUCCCUGGUCCUCGGCUAACUGGGGCAAUCCGUGGUAUC